GAUCUCGGCGCGAGUUCACCCCUGCAGAUUUCCAUUUCCACACGACGACGACGAAGAGGAGGUGGGAUUCGGAGGAGUAAACCCUAACCGCCGUCUCGCGCCGGUGGUUCGGUGCCCGCGCGAGAUCCGGGGGGAGAUCUAGGGCGCGGCGCCGGCUAUGGCGAGCUCCGGACUCGCCUACCCCGACCGCUUCUACGCCGCCGCAGCCUAUGCCGGGUUCGGCGCCGGCGGGGCCACCUCCUCCGCAGCUAUCUCCCGCUUCCAGAACGACGUCGCCCUCCUCCUCUACGGCCUGCACCAGCAGGCCACAGUUGGUCCAUGCAAUGUGCCCAAGCCAAGGGCGUGGAACCCCGUGGAGCAGAGCAAAUGGACCAGUUGGCAUGGGCUUGGAAGCAUGCCGUCGGCUGAGGCGAUGCGUCUUUUUGUCAAAAUCUUGGAGGAGGAAGAUCCUGGAUGGUACUCUAGGGUCCCUGAGUUCAACUCUGAGCCCGUUGUAGAUAUUCAAAUGCAUAAGCCAAAAGAAGAGCCACAGAUUGUACCAGCUUCAACAAAUGGAACAUCAAUUUCAGAACCUAAAAUCAUUUCUGAAAAUGGAAGUUCUGUGGAAACACAGGACAAAGAUGUUAUUCUGGAAGGCCUUAGUACUGUUAGUUCUCUUGACGAAUGGACACCAUUAUCUAUCAGUGGUCAUCAUCCGAAACCUCGUUAUGAGCAUGGAGCAACUGUAUUGCAAGAUAAGAUGUAUAUAUUUGGUGGAAACCAUAACGGGCGUUACCUUAGUGACCUUCAGGCUUUGGAUCUGAAGAGCUUGACUUGGUCAAAGAUUGAUGCCAAAUUGCAAGCAGAAUCUUCUGAUUCAGCAAAAACCUCACAAAUUGCUCCCUGUGCUGGCCAUUCAUUGAUAACAUGGGGCCACAAAUUUUUCUCUAUUGCCGGGCAUACCAAAGAUCCAUCUGAAGGCAUUACAGUGAAGGAAUUUGAUCCGCAUACUUGUACCUGGUCUAUUGUCAGGACUUAUGGAAAAUCACCGGUUUCUCGUGGAGGUCAGACGGUGACUCUUGUUGGAACAACUCUAGUUUUGUUCGGUGGUGAAGAUGCAAAACGGUGCCUCUUGAAUGACUUACACAUUCUUGAUCUUGAAACCAUGACAUGGGAUGAUGUGGAUGCAAUAGGCACCCCUCCUUCUCCAAGAUCGGAUCAUGCUGCUGCUUGCCAUGCUGACCGCUAUCUUUUAAUUUUUGGUGGGGGGUCUCAUGCGACAUGUUUCAACGACCUACAUGUCCUUGAUUUGCAGACGAUGGAGUGGUCAAGACCUAAACAACAAGGCCUGACGCCAAGCCCACGAGCUGGCCAUGCUGGUGCAACUGUCGGGGAGAACUGGUACAUAGUUGGGGGUGGCAAUAAUAAAAGUGGUGUCUCUGAGACUCUCGUUCUUAACAUGUCAACUCUGACAUGGUCAGUUGUUAGCACUGUGGAAGGACGGGUUCCCCUUGCCAGUGAGGGCAUGACUCUAGUGCAUAGCAGUUACAAUGGAUAUGAUUAUCUCAUCUCAUUUGGAGGAUACAAUGGACGAUACAGCAAUGAGGUUUAUACUCUUAAACUUAGCCUCAAAUCAGAUUCCAAGUCAACCACAAAAGAAGAAACUGUCUCAGAUACUACAUCUAGGGUUGCGGAACCAGAGGUUGAAACUUCCCAGGAUGGGAAGAUACGAGAGAUUGCCAUGGACAGUGCUGAUUCAGACCUGAAAAACAGUACUGAUGAAGCAAGUGAACAGCUUUUGGCAGCUCUCAAAGCUGAGAAAGAUGAACUAGAAGCGACACUUAACAGGGAACAGCUGCAAACUGUACAACUUAAAGAAGACAUUGCUCAAGCAGAGUCCAGAAAUGUGGAGCUCACAAAGGAACUUCAAGCUGUCCGUGGCCAACUUGCUGCUGAGCAGUCAAGAUGUUUCAAACUUGAGGUCGAUGUUGCGGAACUACGACAGAAGCUUCAAAGUAUGGACGCAUUGGAAAAGGAGGUUGAGCUGCUUCGACGACAGAGAGCCGCGUCAGAGCAAGCAGCGCUGGACGCAAAGCAGCGGCAAAGUUCUGGCGGCAUGUGGGGUUGGCUCGUUGGAACCCCUCCUGAUGAUAAAUCUGAAUCGUGAUGAGGGCAGUACUUCAGUUCAUACAGGCCGUGAUUCAUAUAUUAUACUUGUAACAUUUAUAUACCGUUGAUAUUCUUUUACAGUUUUUAUCCUCGUUUCUGGGAUUCGUGUUCAUUUUGAUCACAGAAGAAUAAGAAAAUCAUUAGUUUCGUUCUCUGUUUUGGCGUAUCGAAAUCAUUCGAAUGUAUCAGUAGGUUUAAACAUUGUACACAUCAUGUAUGGUCAUUCUUUUGACGUUGUGGUUGAAUAUAAGAUUAUUCGUUUCGCUCA